GGUGUCAUGUGUGAUAUGGGCCUUUCUUUUCCUUAAUGCCUCUGUGAGACUGUGACUGUGUUUCCCUCCCCAAAAACAGACCAGACCAGACCAUCUGGAUUCAGCAAAAGCUCUCUCCUCUUCUCAUCUCUCUGCUACUCUCCUCUUCAGCUAAACACUCCUGAUUUUGUCUUGCUUUAAUUCUCUGAUUGAUUCAAAAGCUGCCCAGAACAGAGUUAGAGACAAAGUUGUGACCUUUAACGCAUUCACAAGUAGGCCUUAGUGUUGGUUUUCGUCACUUUUGAUUAUCGGAGACAAAAUUGGUCUGUGGCCAAGUGAGGUUGACAUGGUUAAAGGUGGAGUCUUGAUGGGUUUAUGAUCGAAUCUGGGUCAUGGGCCGCUGCGGAUUCGUGAUUUGGUGGUGAGAUUAGUCCAAGAUGCGGCGGCGGGCGGCCGAGUAUCGGCGCCCGGUUCGAAGCAGGAGGUUUUCGUAUUGGAUCUGGGCUCUGUUUGGACUCUUCUCCAUUGCUGGUCUUGUUCUGUUUGUGUUGCACCAUAACCAGAAUGAAGAUCGGGUCGAACAGCCCGUAUUGGAGAAUAAUGAGAGAUUUGAACAGGUUGCUCAUGAGGGGUUAAAUUUUACUGAAGAUAUAUUGAGUGCUAGAUCAUUUUCCCGGCAGCUGGCUGAGCAAAUGACACUUGCCAAAGCUUAUGUUAUUAUUGCCAAAGAGCACAAUAAUCUUCAUCUUGCUUGGGAACUUAGCACAAAGAUCAGAAGUUGCCAACUUUUGCUUUCUAAAGCUGCCAUGAGGGGGGAAUCAGUCACAUUAGAGGAAGCAGAGCCAAUAAUUAAAAGCCUAUCAUCUCUUAUAUUCAGGGCACAAGAUGCACAUUAUGACAUUGCAACCACAAUAAUGACAAUGAAGUCUCAUAUUCAAGCCCUUGAAGAGCGUGCAUAUGCAGCAACAAUCCAAAGCACUGUUUUUGGACAGCUAGCUGCUGAAGCAUUACCCAAAAGCCUCCAUUGCCUACAUAUUAAGCUCACAGCUGAUUGGUUGAAAAAGGCUUCUAUACAAGUACUUGCAGAUGAGAAGAGGAACUCUCCCAGACUCAUGGAUAACAAUCUCUACCAUUUCUGCAUAUUUUCAGAUAAUGUGUUGGCUACUUCUGCUGUUGUGAACUCUACUGUCUCCAAUGCUGACCAUCCUAAACAGCUGGUCUUCCACAUUGUCACCAAUGGAGUCAAUUAUGGUACGAUGCAGGCUUGGUUCCUGAGCAAUGAUUUCAAAGGAUCCACCAUAGAGGUGCAGAACGUUGAGGAGUUGUCUUGGUUUAAUGCCUCUUAUGCCCCUAUCGUGAAACAGCUCCUUGAUCCUGAUUCACGGGCCUACUACUUUGGGGGAUAUCAAGAUUUGAAUGUUGAUACAAAGUUGCGAAACCCUAAGCAUCUAUCUUUGCUCAAUCACCUCCGAUUUUACAUCCCAGAGAUCUAUCCACAGCUGGAAAAGGUAGUUUUUCUUGAUGAUGAUGUUGUCGUCCAGAAGGAUCUGACCCCACUUUUCUCAUUGGAUUUGCAUGGAAAUGUGAAUGGAGCAGUGGAAACUUGUCUGGAAGCAUUUCAUCGUUAUUAUAGGUAUCUCAAUUUCUCAAACACAAUCAUCAGCUCGAAGUUUGAUCCACAGGCAUGUGGAUGGGCAUUUGGUAUGAAUGUUUUUGAUUUGAUUGCUUGGAGGAAAGUAAAUGCAACUGCACGGUACCAUUACUGGCAGGAGCAGAAUGCUGAUGGGACUCUCUGGAAGUUGGGCACUCUUCCACCUGGGCUUCUUACUUUUUAUGGUCUGACAGAACCACUUGAUAGAAGAUGGCAUGUAUUAGGACUGGGGUAUGAUCUGAAUAUUGACAACCGGUUGAUUGAGAGUGCAGCAGUCAUCCACUAUAAUGGUUACAUGAAGCCAUGGCUGAAGUUGGCCAUUAGCAGAUAUAAGCCUCUUUGGGAGCGAUAUGUAAAUCAAAGCCACCCAUAUCUCCAAGAUUGCGUCACAAGUUAAUAUGUGCUACCUCUUGAUUUGCCGGUAAUUCAUGCGAUCUUCACCACUUUAAACUCCCAAAACAAUGAUGUGAUCGCCGUAUUGUAGAGUCAGAAGUAGAAAGUUUUUGACUUUAUAGGCAGAUUUUCGUUUUCAUUUUCCCUUUGCAUCAAUAGUAUUCUGAAAGAAAAGGAAUUGCUUUUAUACAAUACAAAGUUUAAAUGUACCAGGUGAAGAGUUGGGGGAGGUAGAGAUUCAUUUUUGCCGGAUGGGGUUUUCUUUUUCCCUUCUGCAAGCUGUAGAAUUAUUUGUUCUCUAGCAAGUAUUGUAAUAAUUUUUUCUUUUUCCCCUGAAGUUAUUAUGCAACUGAACAGUUAUCCUAGUCAUUAAUUG